AUGUCGAUGCUUACUCAGAUAAAUCCUUUACUCAUAAAAAUUCCAAAUAUUCGAUUUGCAGCACCUUUCAGAAACAUUAAUUUAUCGGUCCCUCAAAAGAUAACCGUAGUGUCGGUGACAGUCGGAGUGGUCUUAAUCGGUUUUUUAGCGAGAUACUUGCGUCGCAGAAGAAGGGUGAUUAAUUACAACAAACGUGGAGCUAAUCAACGUAUCUACUCUUCCCGAGGUGCAAAAAGUCCGAAUGGAGACGCGGCCAGCGUGCAGAGCGGUCGCCGCAGCGGCAGCCCGGGCGGCGCGCGCCCGCUGACGCGCCAGGGCUCGGUGCUGUCGUCGGACCGCGGUUCGCUGCCCGCCUCGCUCGGGCUCGGACUGCCCUCCGCCUCCGAGGCGCCCGCCGGACUCACGCCGCAGCAGCUUGGCGUCAUGGGCAUGGAGGCGCUGGACACGGCGGUGUCGUACUGGGAGGACGCGCUGGCUGCCUACACGGUGGAGCGCGGCGGCGGGGGCGGGCCGCUGGCGCUGCCCUCGCAGGAGGAGGCCGAGUUCGCGCGGGAGCUCCAGCAGCUGCUGGACGCCGCCUACCGCCUCCAGGCCGACAGCGAGACCAUGUUCCUCGACCAGAGGUCUGUGCUGUUCCGGACGGACAGCUCGGCGCGGCUGUACGGGGAGUCCAUGACGACGUACACCUCCAACCCAGAGUCCUUCGUCUCCGCCCAGGAUGAGGUAGCUGACUUGAGAGAAUUUGAAGAAUUUGUUGACAUAUUUCCUGACAUAGGAAGUCUCGCACUGUAUCAGUCAGCAACAAAACAAUUUGAAGAAUCAGGUAUUCCUUACAGGUCUUUACGAACUGAAAUGGUGCAUUGUUCAUCUGAUGUAGAGUAUCUAUGCAAACUUCACUGUAUACGAUUAGCUUUCCAGUAUUUGUUUAGAGACCCUGGAGUUUCUAGAUGGUUUGCUGAUACGGGUCGGCAAGUUCUUACUGAUCUUAUUUUAUUUGCAGACAGGGAUCCAAAAGAAUUCUUGGUUGCCUAUGAGAGUAUGUUAGAAUUUUUACAUAAUGAGAGCAACUGGGUUGAAGUUGAGCAGGAACUGAGUUUGAAAGGAGUUAAAGCCAUGACAUUUUAUGAUAUAGUGCUCGAUUAUAUUUUGAUGGAUGCUUUCGAAGACCUUGAUUCUCCACCCUCCUCAGUUACAGCAGUUGUCCAGAACAGAUGGCUCUCAAAUGGAUUUAAAGAAACAGCUCUUGCUACUGCAGUAUGGUCAAUACUGAAAGCAAAACGCCGGAUACUGAAGUUUCCCUAUGGGUUCAUGGCUCAUUUCUAUGCAAUUUCAGAACAGGUUUCACCUCUCAUGGCUUGGGGUUACCUUGGUCCUGAUGAAAAUCUAAAAGAAAUGUGCCAUGCUUUCAAGGACCAUGUUGUUGGAUUCCUUGUGGACAUCUUCAGUUUCCAGAAAUCUCGAUUUACAACUGUGGAAGAGCUUGCUGAAGAUGUAUUAAAAUACGCAAAAGGAAGGGCAGAAAGUCUAAGUUUAAAGAUGUCUUUACAAGAUCAAAUAGGUGUAGAUAAACUGAAUAUGUCAUAGAUUGUAAUGGAUGUCAUGUGUCAUGUAGAUGGAGUUUAACAGUAUUUGACAACUUAGAGUAUUACAUUUAUUAUUAACAGAAAUUGUUAUAGUGAAACUAUUAGUCACCAGUACUCACUUGUAUGUUCUACACAGUGUGGUGCUGCAUUGAUAAGUGAAAAUGUAGGAUGUGCAAACAAAUUGUUUCAAUGUUAGGAUUGUGAUGUUGGCUAUAUGAUUUUUAUGAACAAUCAUUCCAGUUUAAAGUACAUAAUUCAUAUUAUUUUCUCAUCAUUAUGUGAAAGUGACAUCAAGAGUCUCAGAAUUAAGUGGAAUCUCAAUUUUUUUGUUUUUGUUUAAAACUUUUACAGAAAACUGUAUGGAAUAACUAUUUAGUGACAUGUUCAAAUGUAUUGUGUUUCUAAAAUUGUUUAUUUUUUAGGGUUUUGCAGACAUUUAUAGAGCAGGGUUACAGUUGAUCAAGUCUCUUCUCCCCUCUCGUCCUCCUUCUUUCUCUUCUUUCUCUUCUUCCUCUUCUUCCUCUUCUUCCUCUUCUUCCUGUUCUUCCUGUUCUCCCUCUCUCCCCCUGCCUACCUUUUCUUUUCUGUAUUAUUUGUCUAUCUGGAACUAAGUAUUACAGUUUCUGGUGUACCAUGUCUAGUAAUGUGAGUGAGUUUAGGAAAGAAACUGCAACAUGUCACAAAUUUUUAUUUCUAGUUCUUUUUGAUGUAUGUAUGUCGAGUGGAGGUGUUCACGAGCAAUAAUUCAUUAGCACUUACGCAUGAGUAUCUUAGUGUGUGUGAUUUAUAUUGUUGUGCUGUGCUGUCAUAUUAUUAAUAAACUGCUUUUAGCAUUUUGUAACAAAAUUGAUGUUGAAGAGGUUGUCUUAAGAUAUAAGAAAUUAUGUGAAAAGUGGUAUUAAUGAAAUGACAAAGCACUAAUCAGACAUAAAAGACAAAUAAGCCAGUCUAAGGUGUAAAUUUUAUUGCAGUGAAAAAAGACUGCUUAACUCUUUAUUAACAUCAGCAAUGCUUCUGUUGCAUUUUGGUCAAUGUUUAUUAUGUCUUAGUGUAGGUAUUUUUCAAGAUUUUGUGAGGGAUAUGAUACUUUCACUUUACAGAAAAAAUGGUUGCAUAAAUUAUUACAAAAACACUGUUUAUAAAGAGGCAAAACAAGAGGCUGCAAUGCAUACAAAGAAAUCUAUCUGGUUCUCAUGUAAGGCUGUGGCAAAAAACUUCUAGCAACAAACAUUUCUCUUAAACAGCAAAUUUCCUUCAAAAUAUUAACAUAGAUGAUGAUUUCCAUUAUGUUGACUAAACAUGUGAAUGUAAUUAAAAUUGUGGUGUGUAAGGAAAUGGUUCAAAACAAAACAGUUAUAUGACAAAACUGCUUAUUUUUGAAACUUUUGUAAGGGCAGUGCAAACUCCUUCCUGUGAAGUGUUCCAUUUUUGACUAUAGCAAUAAUUAAGAGAAUAAGUAAAAGUAUUUAACAUUUAUCUAAAGCCUUGUGAAUGUUGCAUCAAUUCUACCAUGUAAUGGAGCUAAGAGGAAACAAUUCUGCAGGGGAUAUUGCAUUGCAAGGGAAGGAGCAUUAAAAUGAAAUGGAAUUCAUUUGGAAUGGGUGUAGUGCAAAACAGUUGCCUGUUCACUGUGGGAUAGGCCUUCUACUUUUCUUAAGUCUCUCUCUCUCUCUCUCUCUCUCUCUCUCUCUCUCUCUCUCUCUCUCUCUCUCUCUCUCUGUGUGUGUGUGUGUGUGUGUGUGUGUGUGUGUGUGUGUGUGUGUGUGUGUGUGUGUGUGUGUGUGUGUGUGUAUUCAUAUCUGCAAAAAAUAUCAUCUAGCAUUGAAACAAAAAAAAUUAAAUGAAGUAAUAUAUCUGAAGAUUUAAAAGGGAAAAGUGACAUUUGUCACUCUUUCAGUAUAGUAUUGACAUGUUGCCUCAUCUGCUGUGAACUAUGUUUUUGACAUAGCAGUGUGCUAAAUAGAUGUUUCCAUUCCAUGUAAUGAAGAGCAGCAGCAAAUUUUGUAAGGCACCAAAACAAAAUGGUUCACAUUGAGUUGUGAUAGCUGAGCUUUGAAUGUAUCAUUUGUCAUUUUUCCAAUCUCGAGUAAGAGUCCAUUGUCUCUCUUUAUUUGAGACCUCUGAGUUUUAAUGUAAGACUUUCCUGAAGAGUACUGAAAAUAAUCGCAAGAUUACAUUCCAUUACUUAAGCUUUGGUCAGCAAAUAUACUUUUCAGGGAAAAUGUGUGUCUGUCCUUGUAUCGUUUACUGGUACCUAAUUACAGCUACAAACUAUUGUAUUAUGCUUUUAAUGUAUUAAAUAUUUCUUGGUUUUUGAA